AUGGAUGUCUGGUGGAUGGUUUGCUGCGGCUUUGCAGAAGAACUUCUCGAUGAGACGAGACGCCUGUUUUCUGUCGAGCUGCCGGGUCGUCGUCUUGCUUGUCUACCGGGUUUCCGAUCCAGCAACAAGAAGGAGAAGAAGAACAAGAAGAAGGAAGAAGAAGAGGAGGAGGAGGAGGAGGAGGAUGCAGACGAGGGCGACGCGGAUCCACAAGCCCAGCGUCGGGAGCAGCAGGAAGGACGGCGAGAAAAAAGCAAGCAUCGAAAGGCUGAAGAAAGAACAGGGAAAUCACAGUCAAUCAUAAUAUUCUAUGAAGAAGAAAAGUGGACUGGUGGAUGGGUGGAUGGGUGGAUGAGUGGGAAGGCUAGUACGGAGAAGCGGAGCCGGUGA